AUGCAAAGCAGAGCCCUCCCACCCCAGCAGCUGCAGAUAGGAGCCGGCAGCUGCUGCGCAGACACUGACUCAGCUCAGCCUCCCGCCCAGCCCAGCCUGCAGCCCUGGCCCGAGUGCGUAGCCUGUGUGGCAUCCCCAGGAGCAGCCAUGGAGACUCCAGUGCCAGGAUCAGCCGAGAUGCCGCGCCAGUUCCCCAAGCUGAACAUCUCUGAGGUGGACGAGCAAGUCCGGCUCUUGGCUGAGAAGGUGUUCGCUAAAGUGCUCCGAGAAGAGGACAGCAAAGAUGCUCUGUCCCUCUUCACCGUCCCCGAGGACUGCCCCAUCGGCCAGAAGGAGGCCAAGGAGAGGGAGCUGCAGAAGGAGCUGGCGGAGCAGGAGUCGGUGGAGACUGUGAAAAGAAAGAAAAGUUUCAAGAUGAUUCGAUCCCAGUCCCUGUCUCUGCAAAUGCCAACGCAGCCAGAUUGGAAGGGCCCCCCGACCACCACUCCAGCCAUGACUCCUGCAACACCUGUGCUCCCUGGAGCCACUUGCCCGCUCGCGCCAGCACCUUUCUGUAUGCCCGAGUACCAGCGGGUAACCAUCAGCGGAGAUUACUGUGCCGGGAUCACCGUGGAAGACUAUGAGCAGGCUGCCAAGAGCCUGGCCAAGGCGCUGAUGAUCCGGGAGAAGUAUGCCCGGCUUGCCUACCACCGUUUCCCACGGACCACCGCUCAGUACUUGGGUCAUUCACAGGUGGACACAGCAUCUCCGGGGGAGGGCCUCCCAGACUUCCACCCUCCCCCGCUGCCCCAGGAAGACCCUUACUGUACAGAUAACACUCCCCCCAACCUGGGCUACCUGGUCCGCAUGCAGGGGGGCAUCCUCUUCGUGUACGACGACGAGAAGAUGCUGGAGAGCCAGGAGCCCCACAGCCUGCCCUACCCCGACCUGGAGACCUACACGGUGGACAUGAGCCACAUCCUGGCCCUCAUCACCGAUGGCCCCACGAAGACAUAUUGUCACCGGCGAUUGAACUUUCUGGAAUCCAAGUUCAGCCUUCACGAGAUGUUAAAUGAGAUGUCUGAGUUCAAAGAGUUGAAGAGUAACCCCCACCGAGACUUCUAUAAUGUGAGAAAGGUGGACACGCACAUCCACGCGGCCGCCUGCAUGAAUCAGAAGCACUUGCUGCGCUUCAUCAAGCACACGUACCAGACGGAGCCUGACAGGAUCGUGGCUGAGAAGCAGGGCCAGAAGAUUACCCUGCGGCAGGUGUUCGACAGCCUGCACAUGGACCCUUACGACCUCACUGUGGACUCGCUGGACGUCCACGCGGGCCGGCAGACAUUCCACCGCUUCGACAAGUUCAACUCUAAAUACAAUCCUGUGGGGGCCUGUGAGCUGCGUGACCUGUAUUUGAAAACGGAAAACUAUUUGGGAGGAGAGUACUUUGCUCGGAUGGUCAAGGAGGUGGCCCGGGAGCUGGAGGAGAGCAAGUACCAGUACUCAGAGCCGAGGCUCUCCAUCUACGGCCGCUGUCCCAAUGAGUGGCUCAACCUGGCCCACUGGUUCAUCCAGCACAAGGUCUACUCUCCCAACAUGCGCUGGAUCAUCCAGGUGCCCCGGAUCUAUGACAUAUUCAGGUCGAAGAAGCUCCUGCCAAGCUUCGGGAAGAUGCUGGAGAACAUCUUCCUGCCCCUUUUUGAGGCCACAAUCAACCCCCAAGAUCACCGAGAGCUUCACCUCUUCCUCAAAUAUGUGACAGGAUUCGACAGUGUGGAUGAUGAGUCCAAGCACAGCGACCACAUGUUCUCGGACAAGAGCCCCAACCCGGACAUCUGGACCAGUGAGCAGAACCCGCCCUACAGCUACUACCUGUACUACAUGUAUGCCAACAUCAUGGUGCUCAACAACCUCCGCAGGGAACGAGGUCUGAGCACAUUCCUGUUCCGGCCUCACUGCGGCGAGGCUGGGUCCAUCACCCACCUGGUGUCUGCUUUCCUGACUGCCGACAACAUUUCCCACGGGCUGCUCCUCAAGAAGAGUCCGGUGUUGCAGUAUCUCUACUACCUGGCUCAGAUCCCCAUUGCCAUGUCUCCCCUGAGCAACAACAGUCUGUUCCUCGAAUAUUCCAAAAACCCUCUGAGGGAAUUCCUGCACAAGGGGCUGCAUGUUUCCCUCUCCACCGACGACCCCAUGCAGUUCCACUACACAAAGGAAGCACUUAUGGAAGAAUAUGCGAUUGCUGCUCAAGUGUGGAAGCUGAGCACGUGUGACCUGUGUGAGAUCGCCAGGAACAGCGUGCUGCAGAGCGGCCUCUCACAUCAGGAAAAGCAGAAGUUCCUGGGACAAAAUUAUUAUAAAGAAGGACCUGAAGGAAAUGAUAUUCGAAAGACUAACGUUGCUCAGAUCCGGAUGGCAUUCCGAUACGAGACCUUAUGCAAUGAGCUCAGCUUCCUGUCUGAUGCCAUGAAGUCAGAACAGAUCACAGCCCUGACCAAGUAG